AUGGCAACCAAAAGGAAACAGAAUAUGUGGUCACUGUUCGACAGAUUCAAAGGUCUUAGUGACCUCUCAAAGGAUUUGCCUAGCCGAAAGCUAGAAAUCAUGGAGGAGCUACUUUUGCCCACAGAAGGAGAGGAAACACGCUCAGACAACAGUUCCUAUGCCCCAGGAGACUCUGAGAUGACAAUGAUGGAACGCAUCAAGAACGUUUUCUGCGAAAUAUUCACAGUGAAUCUUCGGGAAUCAGUGAAAGAGUUCUGCCAGCGCAACGGGUUGUUGACACUCUCUGUCUUUGCAGUUUUGACUGGGUGUGUCUUAGGCUUCAUGUUAAGAGGGAGUCAGCUCUCCACCCAGGCUAAAAUCUACUUCUCUUUCCCUGGAGAACUCCUCAUGAGGAUGCUCAAAAUGCUUAUCCUUCCACUCAUCACAUCCAGUUUAAUGUCAGGACUGUCAUCCAUGGAAUCAAAAGCGUGUUGUCGUAUGGGAGUCCUAACAGUGACAUACUAUUUAUGGACAACCUUCAUUGCUGUGGUGGUUGGCAUCCUCCUGGUAAUCAUCAUAAAACCAGGGGUGGGAACUGAUAUGGACAGCAACAGACUGGGUGGCGGACCAGUGAUGACAUCAGCAGAUGCAUUGCUUGACCUCAUUAGGAACAUGGUACCCUCCAAUCUUAUUGAGGCCACAUUUCAACAAUACAAAACCGACUUGGUCCCUAUAUUGAAAGUCCAGACAAAAACAAUCCAGCCCAAUUUUGUUUACAUCGUUCCGGACGAGAAUGACCCCAACGGCCAUACAGUUUACCUGGAGCUCACCCCUCCCCCAGAGAUCCACUACAAGACCAGCCCUGGCAGCAGCCAACAGAUGAAUGUAUUAGGCAUUGUCAUCUUUUCUGCCACAAUGGGUCUGUUGCUUGGAAAGAUGGGGGAAAGAGGAGCUCCGCUUGUCAACGUGUGUCAGUGCAUCAACGAAUGUGUCAUGAAGAUCAUCAAUGCUGCUGUUUGGUAUUUUCCUUUUGGGAUAAUAUUUCUGGUUGCUGGAAAAAUUUUGGAUAUGCAGGAUCCAUCUACACUUGGAAAGAAACUGGGCUGGUACACCAUCACUGUCCUGGCUGGCCUCUUUGUACAUGGUCUCAUCCUCCUCCCUUUUUUCUACUUCAUCCUGACCCACAAGAACCCUUUCACCUACAUUCGUGGUCUCUUGCAAGCCAUGGUCAUUGCUCUUGCCACCUCGUCAAGUUCAGCCACUCUGCCCAUCACCAUGAAGUGCUUGUUGGAGAACUGCCAUGUGGAUAGGCAGAUUGCCCGGUUUGUCCUGCCUGUGGGUGCCACCAUCAAUAUGGACGGCACAGCUCUAUAUGAGGCUGUAGCGGCCAUUUUUAUUGCCCAGGUUAACGACUAUGAGCUGGACUUUGGCCAACUGGUCACAAUAAGUAUAACAGCAACAGCUGCCAGCAUAGGUGCUGCAGGAAUCCCUCAGGCUGGCCUUGUUACUAUGGUGAUUGUGCUGACUUCAGUAGGACUGCCACCUGAUGACAUCACGCUCAUUGUUGCAAUUGACUGGGUCCUGGACAGAUUUCGCACUAUGAUCAACGUAUUGGGAGAUGCCUUAGCUGCUGGGAUCAUCGCGCAUCUAUGCCGUAAAGACUUUCCUCUCAGUGGAAAGUCAGGGCCAUCGUAUGGCACGCCAAACACGCAUAACUCUCACACUACACAGAGUGUCAACGUUUCAAUGACAGAGAUGCAAAACAAAGAUUGCUUCGUAGAGGUGAUGGGGGAUUCGAUCAACCAGAGGCACACACACACCGUCUACUACAACAUUUGUCAAGUCUAACUCUUGGACAGGACACUUACCUCAAAUGCUGGAAUAAUUUGAGUGCUUUUUUCUGUUGU